ACAAAAAAAAAAAAAAAAAAAAAAAAAACGAGAAGCCAUAACCAGGCAUUCUUUCGUACGCGUUCUGUUCUGUUCAUCUUAACUUCCUAAUUCCCAUUGUUCACCGGCGAAGGAAAGAAAACGCUAGUUCUCGCCAGCGGGAAACUUCUCCCUUUCCAAUUCACCUGUUCUUCUACAGAAAUGAGAGCUCUCGCUCCCCUGCUGCGCUCGGCCGUCAACAUUGCCCUGACUGGUCGCUGUCAGCUGCUGGACCCUUCCUUCGCCGCCGCCAAAUCCCUCUCCACCAGCGCUGCUGCUACGUCCAAGCCGGAUGAUGACUUCGCACGGCGUAUCUUCGAAAACGUGGAUGAAGGAGGCUUCUUCCGCAGGCUCGGCAAGGCGCAGAACGCGCCGCACCAGCGGCAGCCGUCGCCCGCAGCGGUAGUGAGCGAAGGAGGUGCGGAGGAUGGCGGAAGUUACAAUACUUUGCAAGACGGGAUGGAUCAGAAGUUGAAGAACUUCGCCGCGGUCUUCGAUUUCAUUGAUGGUGGCGAGACCUCCACAGCCAACAAACAGGAUCUCGGUGGUUUCCGGCCGAACCCGAGCUUGUACCCUAGCUCGUACAAUAACUCAAGGCAACAACGGCCAUACAAACCGCGGCCAAGAUAUGAAUUCAAAGUAACUACCGAGGAAGUUCUGCAAAAGGCUGAUUUCAGGAAUGUUAGGUUCCUUGCCAACUUUAUAACAGAGGCUGGAAUCAUUGUCAAGAGGAGUAAGACUGGUAUAAGUGCCAAAGCCCAGAGGAAAAUUGCAAGGGAGAUUAAAACAGCUCGAGCUUUCGGACUAUUGCCUUUCACAACUAUGGGGACAAAAUCAUUUGUCUUUGGCCAAACUAUGGAGGAAGCAGCUCCUGUAUCAAACCUUCCUGCUUACAAGUAGCUAUAGCUGCUAAUGAGAUUAGAACAAUCCUUCUUGCCUUGAUCCCCCCAACAAAUAAUUGUUGUUGCAUGUUCAUAUGCAAGCGUUGUUUGUUCAUUUCUUUGGUUUAGUUUAGGGCGAGGUUGAGGGGUUCGAGUCAUCGUGACUUUUUCGAGAGAUAAUAUCCCUUGUGUACUUGUGCAACUCUGAGUUCAAUGGCCACUUUGAUAUAGGUAAAGGGAAAACUUAUGCUAUCCAGGCCCUUGACAUUUUCAGGCAUUUGCAUUGAAAAUUUCAUUUCUAUGUGCUUUCAUGAUACUAGAGUUGCUUGUUUUUAUUCAGUGCACUCCGAAAUCCGGCCGAUUUGAUGUAGUACCAAAU